CCCAUAUCCUAUCUACUAAAACCCUUCCCAUACUAAUUGACGAAAAAAAAAAAAAAAAGAAGGUAAAUUGAUGUGUUGGAGCGCCAGCCGCUGAAGAAGAAACUAUGUCUACUCUUUCUUCUCCGACCAUUCCUUCGACAACUCUCAAAUUUCAGGUUCAUCGGUUUCGAUGCCAACCCAGUCAUUUCUGUAGAAGUUCAAAAACUUACCUUCGUCAUCAAACAUUAUAUACUCGCACCACUUCAAUUAAAGCAUCGGUGGCGGACAAUAACGAGCCUAAUGAGGUUAAGAUGCAGAUCGGGGUCAUGAAGAAGAAAUUAAAAGAAGUAAUGCCAAGGCCGGUUCAAGAAUUUCCUUGGAGAAAAGCUCAACAUACACUUCUUGAUAGACUACCUUUUCUCGUGCAAGAGGCGUUAAAAUGGUCACUUGUAGCGUAUUUCAUCAUUAGCUCCUUAUCAGAUGUUGUAUAUACAUUCUCUAUAAAUCGGGAACUAAUAAUUCCCGUUGGUCUCUUUGUUGGCUGCCUUAUGGCUGAUUUCUUGAAGGAGAUAUUUCUGGAAUUGUUUCAUCAAUUUGAGGAGAUUGAUUUGAAAUGGCGUCGGUUGGGCUUGUGUGGUCUUUUUGUGUUGGUCAAGUUUACGUCGACAUGGUUCUCAAUACAAUCAGGCGUGUUUCUAUUGCAUGUUGCAAAUGGUGGACUGAUGCAGCUACUGUGGUAUUGGAGAAAUUUUAUGGAAGAUGCAAAAAACUUACGAGAAAUGAGGAACCCUUCUAGUUUGGAGGCAUAAAUUGAAAUUUUGUUGGAGAAAUUUUAUGGAAGAUGCAAAAAACAAACGAGAAAUGAGGAAUGCUUAUAGUUUGGAGGCAUAAAUGGAAAGAUGGAAAGUUAAGUUCUAAAUUUUGUUGAGCCGUGCUGACAUAAACUUCACCUUUCUUCAAAAAUGUAGCCGAUGUGAUUCGUAUAGAAGCAAGUAACCUUCUUCAAUCAUCUUGUUCAUAUGAACUAGUUGUGAAUUUAUUCCUACCUUGCUUAUUCAAGUGAAUGAAACAUAGUCAAUAGAGCAAAUUUUGCGAAUCA